CCAAGCAGACAGUGAACACAGGGGGGACACAAGUGACAGCAUUAGCAAUUGCAGUAUGAGACGAGCACCGACUGAGCUUGUACUCUGGUUGGUUUUUUCUCUUCCAUGAAGGGUCUCCCAAAUCACUGGAAAUACUUGCAAGGUCACGAAUUCAGUUUGUCUUCCCCAUUCUUCUUCAAGUCCGACAAUUAUUAGCAAUUCAAUAGGUUGACAGAAACUAAACAUCGGACAGUACUUGAGAGUGGAGUUAUUUUUAUUUGGCUUGAACAAAUCUGUCCCCUUCCAGAGUUUAGCAAGUGUGUUCAGUGGAAGAAAAUAUAAAAUAUUUGGUUAGAAAUUAAUUAGAAAAUUAAGCAGCCAGUAGCAGAAACACAACGUUAACCAAUUCCCUGGUUUCUCUUGGACUUCUAAACUCCGAGCUCUUCCCAGCCUUAGCGCACGGGAGAAAAUACCACUAGAGAAAAUACCACUAGAGGAAGAGGCGCUCCGGCAGCCGGGAAGCGGGGGACUAUCACACGAUCAUGACCAGUCUGUGACCAGGAAAUGCCCCUCAGCGCUGCGCCGGCCCGGGCCUGGCUGCCCGCCUGUUCUGGGCGCCGUAUGUGCCUCAGGCGGAAGCCAUGGAGGCCUGGCACUGCUUUCCUCUGUGUUUCACCCAGCAGUUCGGGCCGCUGCUCAGGCGGACGGGCCCGAGCACACGCGGCUCCGCUCUGAGCUGCUGCUGCUGCAGCGCUCCGGUUCCCGCCGGGGCAGCGCAGAGGCCGCGGCAGCGGUUAAACCCCCGCCGCACGGAGGGGCCGCUGCCGCCCGCACGCGAACGGGCCCAGAGGGAAGGGUCCGGGGGCGCUCCGGAGGCCACCCGGCCGCCUCCUGCGCGCCCCCGGAGCCUCCGCCAUGGCCCCGGCCCGCGGCACGCCCCGCAGCCCCGCCCGUCGCGGCGGUGACGGCAGCGCGGCGCGCCGGGCCGCGGGAGUUGGCGCGAAGGCGGGAGCAUGGAAGCGGGAGCGUCCCGCUAGGCACGGGGACCGCGCCGCCGCCGCCGCCAUGGAUAUCCGGAAAUUCUUCGGUGUUGUACCUCCUGGAAAGCGACAAGAAUGUGAGACUGUGAAAAAGGGGGAAAAAAUUAAAAAUGGUGAAGGCCCCUCAAGUGGGAAGAAAAGGGAAAAGGAGACUAAGGUGAAUAAUUCACCCAGUGAAGAUGAUUCCAAACAGAAGUGGACAAAAAAGAAGAGAAGAAUAAUCUAUGAUUCAGAUUCAGAAGAGGAGGUGCAGACAGUGAAAAAAUCCAAGAAGCCACCUGAGAAAAAAGCAGCUGCUUCAAAACCUGGUAAAGUUCUAAAGCGGGAUCCUGCUGUUUAUAUUUCAGAGACAGAUGAGGAUGAUGAUUUUGCUGAUAAAAGAAUUUCCCUGAAACCGAAGGAGAACGGGACGUCAGGGAUUGGUUGUCCAGGAACAAAUACUGGGAAAAAAGAAGAGGUCAAACCACAAGCUAAAAGCAAACCCCUCUCUCCAGUGAAACAGACUCCCACCUCUGCACUUGAUUUCUUUGGGACAAGGAGUGUCCAACGCUCAGAACAGAAACUGGUAGCGAGUAAAAGGAAAGAGCCUUCACAGAGCAGAGACAGCACACUAGAUGAUGAGGCCAUUGCUAGACAACUGCAGCUUGAAGAAGAUUCAGAGCUGGAGAGACAGCUGCAUGAAGAUGAAGAAUUUGCUAGAACUCUGGCCAUGUUGGAUGAAACACCACAGAAGAAAAAGGCUCGGAAAAACGCAGAAGGAGAGGAGACAGUGCUGAGCAUCAACAGCAGCCCUAAUACAACAGCAGGGUGUAAGCAGUCAGAAAGAGACUCAGCUGGUGCAGCCAAGAAUUAUUCUGUGAAGCCACAAACUAAAUCUGAACAGUUGAAAGGUUCUUGUUUACCCCCACAAUCAUCUGAUGGUAAAAAAGAAGAGAUUGCUGAAAAGGAAAGAGGUGCUCAAAAUUCACUAUCAAGAGGAAAAGCAGCUUCAGGGAAAGAAGAGAAGACAACACCAAAGAAGGAGAAAGUUUCUCCCAAGAAGACUGAGUCUAUAAGUCCUGAGGACUCUGAAAAGAAGCGAAACAAUUACCAAGCUUACCGAAGCUUCCUUAAUCGUGAGGGUCCCAAAGCACUGGGCUCCAAAGAGAUACCUCAGGGAGCUGAGAACUGCUUGGAAGGCCUGACAUUUGUAAUUACGGGUGUUCUGGAGUGCAUUGAGAGAGAUGAGGCCAAGUCUCUGAUUGAGCGUUACGGAGGAAAGGUGACUGGCAACGUCAGCAAGAAGACAAAUUACCUGGUGAUGGGGCGAGACUGCGGCCAGUCCAAGUGUGAGAAGGCAUCAACUUUAGGUACAAAAAUUAUUGAUGAGGAUGGUUUGUUUGAUCUUAUUCGAACUAUGCCAGGCAAAAAGUCAAAAUAUGAGCUGGCAGCUGAAACAGAGGCAAAGAAAGUGGAGUCAAAACCCAAAAAGACACCAGAGAAAGCUGAAGCUGGGAGAAGGAAUUUUAGCCCCUACAAAAGGGAAGCUAAUAAUAAAAAAUACAAGUCUACUCCUGAAAAAGGAGAAACCAUCAGAUCUGUCAAGAAAGAAAACACCGCUGUUCGAAAACUUACGGACUUUAAACGUCAGACUGUAGAGGCCCCAAAACCUAAGGGGAACUUGGUUUCUGAGGUUAAUGAAGAUGGCACAGAGAGAUUGCUGUGGGUAGAUAAAUAUAAGCCUGUAUCUCUCAAGGCAAUUAUUGGACAGCAGGGUGAGCAAAGCUGUGCCAAUAAACUGCUCCGAUGGCUCAGAAACUGGCACAAGAACACCUUGGAAGACGGACAAGCAAAACCCAGUAAAACUGGAAGCAAAGAUGAUGGGACAGGCUUUAAAGCAGCAUUACUUUCUGGUCCACCUGGAGUUGGUAAAACUACUACAGCUGCUUUGGUUUGUAAGGAACUGGGGUAUAGCUACGUGGAGCUGAAUGCCAGCGACACUCGAAGCAAGAACAGUCUAAAGGAAGUAGUUGCUGAGUCACUUAACAACACCAGCAUCAAAGACUUCUAUUCUGGUGCAUCUUCAUCAGUUAGCGGGAAACAUGUAUUGAUCAUGGAUGAAGUGGAUGGUAUGGCAGGCAAUGAAGACAGAGGAGGGAUUCAGGAGCUGAUUGCUUUGAUCCGACACACGAAGGUGCCCAUCAUUUGUAUGUGCAACGAUCGCAACCACCCUAAAAUGCGCUCCUUGGUCCACUACUGUUUGGAUCUUCGUUUUCAGAGACCUCGUCUGGAACAGAUCAAAGGUGCAAUGAUGUCUAUUGCAUUCAAAGAAGGUUUAAAAAUUCCCCCACCUGCUAUGCAAGAGAUAAUCCUGGCAGCAAAUCAGGACAUCAGACAGGUUUUACAUAAUCUUAAUAUGUGGUGUGCAAAAGACAAAUCACUGACUUAUGAUGAGGCUAAAACAGAUGCCAGCAGAGCCAAAAAGGACAUCAAACUGGGCCCCUUUGAUGUUGUCCGGAAGGUUUUUGCUACUGGAGAGGAGGCUGCCCGUAUGUCUCUUAUAGACAAAUCAGAUCUUUUCUUCCAUGAUUAUUCACUAGCACCUCUCUUUGUCCAAGAGAACUAUGUGCAUGUGAAACCAGCUGCUGCUGGAGGUAAUUUAAAAAAGCACUUGGUGCUCUUGAGUAAAGCAGCUGAUAGUAUAUGUGAUGGUGAUAUAGUGGACAGACAGAUUCGUAGCAAGCAGAACUGGAAUCUUCUUCCGACACAGGCUAUUUAUGCAAGUGUUCUCCCAGGGGAGCUGAUGAGGGGUUACAUGUCCCAGUUUCCUGUCUUUCCCAGCUGGCUGGGGAAAUUUUCAUCCACAGGCAAACACGAUCGUAUCAUUCAAGAACUGGCAAUGCACAUGAGUCUCAGAACUCAGACAUGCAAGAGAACAGUAAAUAUGGAAUAUCUGUCGUAUUUGCGGGAUGCACUUGUCCAGCCCUUGAGAGACUUUGGAGCAGAUGGUGUACAACAAGCUAUAACAUUUAUGGACUCUUACUGCUUGAUGAAAGAAGAUGUUGAAAAUAUCAUGGAAAUAAGCACGUGGGGAGGCAAACCUAGUCCUUUUUCAAAGCUGGAUCCGAAGGUCAAAGCAGCUUUUACACGUGCCUACAACAAAGAGGCACAUCUGACUCCAUAUUCACUGAGUGCUGUCAAGGCAUCUAAAAGGCAGUCGGCAUCUGCAGCGACCUUAGAUCUGAGUGAAGACUUGACUGUGGAAGAGAUCCAGUCUGAUGAGGAUGAGCAGGAUACUGUUGACAGUGAUGCAAUGAUUAAGCAAAAAAAGGUGAAGUCUUCCAAGCUGCCAAAAAGAGAGAAAAAUGAAGAAACAACAAAAAAAGAAGGGAAAAGAAAAGAGAAAACAAGACAUUUAGACUAAAGCCUUGCUUUGGACACAGCUUUGCAUAUCUAACUUCUGCCAGGAACAUGGAACAGAUCCAGUGCUGCUGCUGGGAAAGUAGAACCAGUGCAUUGAAAAUGCUCCUCUUAUAGAGGUGCCGUAGCUCUUGUGCUCUCACACUGCUGUGCUUACUCCUGACAUGGUAUAUGUUACAACUUAUAACUGUCUUUGUGCAACAGACACCAGGUUCAUGAACAUGCUGAAAAUGUCAUGCUGAGUUACUUGGCAUUUCUGUUGAGUCUUCCUAGGACUUCACUGCCUUUUUUUUUUUUUAUAAAUCCCCUGACAUUAUGUGGUGAAGUCUUGUAAAUAGUACGUGAUGCAAAAACCCCAUACAUAAAUGGCUUAUUUGUACAUUAGAGAAAUUAAGCAGUAUAUAAAAUUACAAUAAAAUGUUUCACAGGACUCUUUUAAAGCUUUGGUUAAGUUCAUGGAGUGUUCUGUCCUGUCUCCCUCCUUUAUUCCACGGUUUUGUCUUUCCUUCACGUAUGUGAUGUGGCAUUCCUCUUUUCCUACAACUGCCCUUUUGUUCAGUUAGAGACACAGAAAAGCAGUGAGGGAUUUACUUCCAAAACUUGAGUAGUUUGCACUUGCAUAAGUUAUAUCUUUAAUGAAAACCAGAAAGGAAUAUUUAAAAGAGUAAAAAAAGUUUAAUUAAAAAUAUUCAUAACAGUUCAGAACUGAUACUGAAAAAGAAAACAGUAGGGAGGUGGUUUUUCUUCCUGCCACUCAUAUUACAAAGAUGGCCUGUGGUUUGUCUUUAGUGCAGAUGAAAUGCAGAGUUUGUAAUAAUUAUCAGUUUUAUUACUACAAUAAACCAAAGUACAAAAUGUAUCAAAAGCUAAAUAGUUACAGAUAUCACAAAGUAGAAGUGACAUGGCUGUUAUUAGGCCUGGGGCAGAGAUGUGUGAUGUAGUGAUAGAACUUCCCUUGCUGCUUGCCAGCCAACACAAGCAGUUCUGGAAAUAAACAGAGGUGGUUAAUUAUAUUCUAAGAUACAGUGAUAGCAGAUCAGGAAAAAGAAAAUCAUCUAAAAAUUUCCCAAAAGAACUUGAGUGCAUUACGGUGACCUACAGCUGCGUUUUCACAUAAGCUGUCUACAAUAGUAAAUUGCAGUUAUUUAAACUAUUAACAUUAUUGAGGAACAUCAUUAACUCAUUUUCAGUUUGUUUUUUUUUUAAAAAAUGCUAAGUCCUGGAUCCGAGUCUUUGGUAUAGACAGAGCCAUGCUCUCAUUCUUAGAAGGAUGAGUAUUUCAGGCCAAUGCUUGUUGCUGUUAUCCUGGGAUAGAGUCUGUUAAAUAGGCAAGUUAAGAUCAUGUAACCUGAAUUUUAGAUUUGCUUCUUCCAGUUAGCUCCCCUCUUGCUCUCUCUCCCUUUCUCCCCCACACUUCAACCCGUGCUGGAAGAGCUGAAGAAGUCUGGAUGAUACUGAAAUCUUCAAACUGUUCUCUGUGCUACUCUAGCACACCUGGUGUUCAGAACAUGUUCCAAACCACAACAGCUUGUGGAUGUUAAUGUAGUCACAGGGCUAAACUGAGUUAAAGCCCAAUUUAACAACCAUGUUAGUUGCAGUAGCAAAACCUACCGGUCUUUGCAUGCCUGAGGGCAGAUAGGUGAUAGAACUGGGUCUCAUGUUAUCUGAGGUGUUGACCCAGGCUCUAAGUUAAGAUUCCUUACUAGGAAAAACUCCAGAGCUGUCUAGAAUGAACCCUGUUUAGUAAGAAGUACAGACUGUAGGCCAUACCUGAAUUUACUGGUCCUCAUCUUCUAGUUUGAGGUACUCUGUGCAGUCAUUUAUCUUCUUCAGAUCAGCAAUAUUAAUCCUUUCAGAACACAUGGGACACACAUUUUCAGUCUGUAACAAGCUGUUUUAAAGGAAGGGUAACUGGUCAAAAGCAAAUUCUAACAUUUUUCAAAGGAAGUUGGGCCUGAGGUGCAAAGCCUAGACCAGAGUUCUGACAAGUGCUUGUGACAAGUGCUUGUAACAAGUGCAGGACAGAGCAAUGGCUGCUUCUGUCUAUGUUUUCAGCAUUUGAGAACCAUACUGGGAAGGCUGCUGUUUGCACUUAAACAUAUAAUAAAGGAGGUUUUAGCAGCACCUGAGUUCCUGACAUUGGCACAGAGCUAUCCCAUCCCAUUGUCACAUGUGAUUAUCAAGGACAAGACAUCAUUAUUGCUGUCUUAGUCUGUACCCAAUUCUAUGUGCAUUUUGUUGGUUUUGGUGAUUGCAGGUGCACCUGUGUUCCUGCCCUGCCCCCAUAUCAGGCCUUCUUCCUGGACAGAGCUGAGAACUUACACAAGCUCACCAUCUCUCUCCAUUACUGUUCCUGUUGGAGCCUGCAUCACUGGCCCAAUUCUUUUAUCAUAUCCUGUCAUUUUGGUCAACUUUGAAGCAAUGUUCUGUCACUCUAAGGUACAGCUACCAAGUAAGGGGAAUUCCUCUUCCACCCAGCCCAGCUGUUUUUAAUACCAAAUAAUCCAUUUGAUAGAAGAUAUGAAGAAACAUUGAAAUACUGCAAUAGAAAAAAAUUCCAACUUACUUUUCAAAUUCUGAGUAGAGGGCAGGGAAGUCACAGUGUGGGCAAACUGUCCAGUCAUCGCGCACCAUGUGCCGACCCUGCACACAGAAACUGCACGUAACUGAGGGGCAAGUGCUGCCCAGCUACAGAGCAUUUACUUUUGGACCUGUUAUUAUGAGAAAGUCUGAGCAACUGAGUUCUAAGAUCUUGAAUUAAAAGCCCCAUAUAUGUGUUACUGUAGCUUGAUUACUGUGUAAAUUCUGUAACUAGAAAAGGAGCUCUCACAGAUGCAUUGUUAUCAUUUGCAUUCCUCUUUUAAAAAUGGAAUCUAGGAAUAUACUGAAUUACAGUGUUUAAAAUUCUUCUUGUUUGGCAAUUCUAGAAUGCUAUCUGUAUCCAGAGCUGUACCUAAAUCUGCUGGCAUUUUUGGUGUUGUAUAUGACAUACCAAAAAUGCCCCCAAAGCCACAGCACCUGAGCCCAGUAGGUCACAUUCAGCACUCAUUUGUGAGCCUGCCUGGCCUUUGCCUCUUCACAUUUUCUCUUUUUUCCUACAGUUUACUAGUUUACUUUUGAUAGAAGGAAUUUGUAUGUACCUUUUUAAUACUAUAAAAACACAGCAGCACCUUGAACUAUAUCGAGAGAUUUAUGCUGUAGUACAAUAUGCAACAGCAGACUGUUUUGACACUGACUCUCAUUAGAUAUUUGAAAAUGCCACAGUCCUAGUGUCUACAAACACUGUGACAUAAACUGUGGCCAAGAUGGAGCCUAAAUAAAUACUGUGUAACAUACAUUAACAUGGACAUUGAGUUGGGCUCAUAAAAUUAUAUUUAAAACCCUAUGUUUUCCUAAAGAUAUUACUUCUGAAAUAUACCUGUCAUUCUGCUAAACCAAUAGAGCAAAAAGACCUCCAUAUAAUGGAUAUUAAUUUUUUGUGAGACUUAAUUCUUUAGUUUUAAUAAAGAAUGUUAACUCUAA